UUAGCAAUAGGCCUACUCUGGGUUGCGUUGUGCUGGCUAUAGUAUGGUGAACGUACUGCGUACAAUUUAUGCAGAUUUUCAUUGAAUUCCGUUUGCAACGUCGUUGCAAGCCGAAUAUAACUAUUUGCGGUGAAAAGAGUCGCGUUUAAGAGGACAUUAAAAAAUGAGUGAGCCACAGAAAAUUAAACGGAAGCACACUGCCAUGACCGCAGAAGUAGUCCCUGUACCAUCAUCGGCAAUGUGCACCGUUCCUGUUUCAACCAAUGACCAGAACAGUGAAUCCAGCUCGUCGGAACUGGAAGAGAAGAAGGUCAAGUUGAUGUCAGAAGAUGAGCAACCGUCAACGUCCAAAGAACUGGCAACUCAGGAAGAAAUCCAGGAAUACCUGGAGAACACUUUUGAUGUACGGAGGUCGUUCAUUACCCUGGAAAUGCCGAGUAUUCCUGCUAUACAAGAGACAUACCCACAACUGUUCACUGGGAAAAACCUGCUGGCAGAGUUCCAGCGCAUCACCCGAAUUGACAUUGAUCACACGGUGCAGGAGUACUGUGUGAAAUUCGCCACAGGAAUAGUAGACAUGGCCCGCCCGUUGUCUGGCUCAGCGGCCAUUUUGAAACAGGCCGAGCAGGCGAAACAGGACAAUGCUGCAUUGAAGCAGUACUGGGACAUGGUGACCGCGCUCUGUCUCAUUCCACUGCUCCUUCGCGAGAACUUUGUCGAGAUGGUGCGCGAGGUGGGCGAGGAGGAUGAGGUGGAUCCGCAGGGAAAAGUGGUGCCCAUGUUGGUUUCUAGAGGCAGUAUAUUCAAGAGCGACGAGUUCUUCCUGGUCGCCGAGGAGACAGUGCUGCAGGAGUUUGAGGAAUUCACCAUGGCGUUUGCCUCCCUGUUCGCUUCCUACUGGGUGUUCAACAUGCAGUACCCGCGCACUCUUAACAAUUCGUACAACUUUGUCCAGAAGGCCAUCCUGCACCUCCGCGAUGACACACCCAUCCCCCCUCCAUGCAAACAGUUGGUCCAGAGGCUUCAGAAGAAGGUUAAGCAAUCUAGAGGUGUGAAAAAAUGAAUCUCUGAGGAUUUAUUAUUUUUAAAUUUGUGGCUCGCAUGCAAUGCGUACUAGUAUAUAUCAAAACAAAAAUAACCUUUCCGUCUGAUAUUCUGGAGCCAAUUUCACAAAACAUUGUGGGCCAAAGUUACAAAGCCUGUGUUUUUUAAACGCAGGUGUUUUAAAAGUAUUGUAAAUGUAUGUAGUUACACACGUGUGUAAGACAGAAGCUGGCUUUGUAAAUUCAGUCCCAUAAUUUUACAUCUGUGUCUAGCAGUUAUACCGGUCAUAUAUUUACAUGUGUUUGCAUCUAUUUCACACAGAAAAGCUGAGAAAAUUACAUCAUUAUGGAAUAUGGAGCUUUUUAAGGACAAAAGAAAAUGAAAAAUGUUUGUUGAACUGUGGUUUAGUUGUAGAUUUACGUUUACAUGCAAAACCAGGCAUACAAUGUUUUGUGAAAUUUGAUCUAGUCUGUUAUCAGCAUUAUGCUGGUCGUAUUUUUGUCAAAGUUUAUUAAAAUCGAUUUGGAUUCCUGUAGUUUUACAUCAUGGGAAUCCAAGAGAAUUUUUUUAGUGAACUUUUACAGUGUCCUAAAUGACUCAUUGUUUCAAAAAUUGAUUGAAUUUGUUAUAUUUGAUGUUUGUUUUAAGAUUGACGUUUAACUACAGGAAUGUGAAUGGAUUUGUAUGAAAUUCAUUUAUAUAGGAAUAUUAUGGGAAUUUGAUUCCUGUAUUCUUGUCCAAACACAUUAUAACAAGCUUUUUCUUGAAAUUUGCUUUAGAAUUCACGUUAAAAAACUUACCUGUACCAAAAUGAUAAUCUUGUAAAAUGUAUAUUCACUUAUCAUUAAGUGUAACCGUAAUGCAAGGUCACACUCAUUGAAUUGAAAUUUGCUUUAUAAGUUCUAACAUUAAUCAAAUAUGAAAUUGUCAUUCUGCUUGAUGCAGAAAUAUGCAACAAUAUUCAUGGAUAAAUUCACCUAUACUUUCAUGCCCCAUUGACCAUUUUUAAUGCAUUUAAAGUUGGAUAAAACAGUAUUUUUAACAUUUAACUUGUUAACCUUUGCCAUUUUGUUUUAAAAGGUUAAUUGCAAAGAUACGAAUCUGCUUAUUUGGUGAAUGAUAAUUUGACAGCUGUUCUGUACAAACUGUCACUGUCACUGUCAAAGAUAGCUUGUUAAUGUAAGGUUACUUUGUACUUCUGUUGAUCUAAGCUUAAAAAAUGGGAAUUUAUGGUUUGAGUCUGAUUAGAAUGAAAUAUGUCGUUAUGAUCUACAUUUGAAUUUGAGCAUAAAGACUAAAUUCUCAUCUUUCAUAAGCAUGAGCAUAGCAUUUGCAUGCGAGUCAUUAAUAGCUUUCUGUGUAUUUUAUUUCCUCCGGGUGAAAUGGCAAUAAUAAAAAGGAAUCUUUAAAAACAGAACCAGUAUCCAUUGCAAAGUAUUAUAUUACGGUGAUUUACUUUGAUCUGCUGUUUCUCUCUUACAUUUGUAAGAGAGAUGAUUGUAUUUAAAUAUUGAUGAGAAAUGUGAAAUUAUAUUUAAUUACAUGUACAAGAGAUGUGAAAUUGUCAUUAAAUACAAGAGAUAUGAAACCAUAUUUUGUAUUUAAAUAGAUUUGAAGUUGUGUUAUAAUAUGAGAAAUGUAAAAUUCUAUUUACAUUACAAGAUAUGUAAAAAUUAUGUUCCAUGGCUGUGAUCUGUCUCCUGUGUUCAGUGUUUUUAGUAUUUAUGCAUUGUUAACAUAUUUAGUCACCCUCACCCACUAGAAAAUUUAUGCGUUGUUGUAUUUAUGCUUAUUUAUGCUUCAACAACAUACAGUUGAAUCCCAUUGGUUCGAACCCUGUCGGUGCUUGAGAAAGUGUUUGACCCAUCGGGUAGUUCGACCUAAGCAUGCGGUCAACAUCGUGUAAGUGUAACUUAGGACGUCGUUUUUGGUUCAAGCUUUACAGUGUAUUCAACCCUUCCGAGUUCAACCCAGCGAGAUUCUACUGUAUGUGUCUUUCUUCCUCCUUAGAACAUUUUAUAGUUUCUGAUUGUUAUUUAAUAAUUAUGGUAAAUGAUCUGGGACCAAAGUACUCAGCUUUUGUUAAGCCGGUAUCUGAAAUUGAAACCCAGCUGGAUACAAGUGAAUUUGAGAUAAAAUACUUUAAAUUUAAUGCAUACCAUACAUAUAAAUUGAUAUGUUGAUGUAGUAUGUCUCAAGUUGAUACUAGUUAUUUCAGUCAACUGGAUACUGGACUGGAGUAAAAGGCCAAAAAGAAAACAAUAUUUAGAUCUAUAGAACAUAAUGUUAGAAAUAUAUCUUUGCAGUUUUAAAUAUGACGUUCUUACAAAAUAAUGUGUAUAACAACAUUUUUACCUGCUAAUUACAGUGAAACCUAUCUAAACCAGACCCUGAACAAACCGGAAUCCUGUCAAUACCGGCCACAUUUCAUGAUCCCAAAUGUUCUUAAUUCUAAAACACGACCCUCUUAAACAGCGGAUCCUGUCUAAAUCGGAUUAAUAUUAGGUGUCCGACAUGAUCCGGUUUAGACAGGUUUCACUGUACUAAACUUACAACAUGUGUGUCUACAAUUUGAAAAUGUAAACAGGGUUUAAGCUCAAUACUAAAAUAUUGCCCUCUCAGCUUGGCAACAACCAAAGGACCAAGUAUAAAGUCUGGUUUUAAGGGAUUUUAGAUCUGAUUUAGAGAGAUUAUUUUUUAUACUAAUACAUUGUAUUUAAAAAGGAACUAUGAAAAACAUAAAAUUUGGGAAAUUCCAGCAUACGGUUUGAGGGCAGUAUUUUGUUUGAUGGUCCAUCUAAACAACAUUAAUUCUUUAAUAAAAUAAUUAUUUAUAAAAUACAUUUUCUGACUCAAAUUUGGUCCAUAUAUAGCUUUACUCUGCUAAAUAAAAAGUUAAAAUUAAAUUGGCAGCAAAACUAUGUAGUAGUCUGGUUAUUGUCUGGAGUGGUUCCAUGUUAGCACUUAAACAUUUGUAGUUCUCGGUGUACCUCAAGUAUUAAACCCUGUGUGUGUACAUUUUACAAGCCAAGAUGUUAUUGUUAAAUGCAAGAAAACCACAGCUACAUGUAUGUCCUGUAGAUGUGAUGUACUUUUGUCUGAAAACGUUUAUUGUGAUUCAUUUGACUUUUUUUAACCAGCUUACUCUUAAAGGCAUGUCCCGAGUUUGCAGCCAUUGUAAGAUGUGUUUGACUAAUAGAACAAUUUUGACAAGUAAAAUAACAUAUUAAAUACAUUUUGUAUAUUCAUUGUGUUUGUGGUUGUGUGCAGUCAUUGUUAAUUUUACUUUGUAAGAUUUUUUUUUUUCUUAUGUUCAAAAAUAUUGGAAGGAAAAAUUGGUGACAACAAACACCUUAUUUAUACAUCCAUUGAUAUUCUAUACAAGAUAAAUAUCAUCAAUAUGUAAUAUUAGUUGUCAAAAGGCUCUGUUAAUUGUAAACAUGUUACCAUGGCAACAAACUCAGGAUAGUCCCUUUAAUAAUAUAGAUGUUAGACAGAUACAUCACCGACUAAUGAUCAUUAAAGAAAAUUAAGACUGAAAUUGAAAUCCAGUUUAACUGGUCAGUGUUUAUUACCAUCAUCCAUUUUGUCGCUGUUUGUUUGCAGUUGUAUACCAUGUAUUUUAAUAUGUUUUAUUUAUAUAUAUAUGCAUUCUGACGUGGAAAUAAUAGUCAUAUUUGACUCUGUUUUUGGUGUAAAUGUUUUUUUUACAGCUGACUCUAUUCAGCUACUGAAAGAAACCAUUUUAUAUAUUUUGCUACGUUUAAUUUUUAUUCUUCUGUCAAGUUUUCCAGAUGCAGGCCCCCCCCCCCCCCCCCCCCCCCCCCCCCCCCCCCAAUAAUUUUGGCUCUUUUUUUUUUCAUAACCUUUACAUCUCGACUGAAUGUAAAAGUUGUAGCAAGACUAACGGAUCGAGAUUAAUGGUGAGAGUUACAGUAAUGGGCAAAUAACCUUUGAAUCAUGUCCCCAGACUCCCAAAAUACCUCACACCUUUGGCGCUCAUUCAAUUGCCCACCCACCCACCCCCCAUAAUGUCCACCAUGCUACAGGCCUGAGAUGCCUGUAUAGUGUUUCUAUUUUUGACCUGGUAAAUACAAAUAUAUAUAUAUAUAUAUGUGUAAAAAAAAAUUGUAAUCUAAGUAAGUAGCAUCCAUGUUUUGUUAAGACAAUGUAUUGGCUAGGCCAAUUGAUUUUUGAGAAAUCUAUUAAAGGGAAUUAUGCAUGGGUUUUUGGCCUGUAAUUUAUGUGCAGGACUCAGUGUUUCACACAAACCACUGUUCUAUCUACGUGUCGGUUAUGCAAUUUAAAAUUUUAUGCAAAUCACCAAUCGGUUACAUGGUGAACCAUUACAAUUUACAUUCUAAAGUUAAAAGUUGUAAUAUUCAGGAUCACCAGAACCUCGUGUAUUCCAAAAAUCCAUUUAUUCAACAAAAAAGAAGAAGAAAAGUUCUAGACUGAUUUUUGAAAUAAAAACCAACCCAACCUCAUUGUAAAACUAGUUCAAAACGCACUUUUAAUGUCAGUAUAGUACAAGUGUUAGGGUUAGGUAUCUCCCCGGUUUUGCAAAUACAAUUCAAGUCAUAAAACCAUGACUUACUAUAGUCCAUCCCAUCCUCUACAAAAAUGUUUUUUUGAAAUAAUUUCAGGGGUUUUUUUUUACGUAAGAAGAAAAGUAAAAGUGUUUUGGAAAUAAUAAAAAAAUACUAUUUUUGUGUACAAUUUAGAAAUCAGUCGGCUCAGAAAUAAAUAACGUGUAGUUAAUUCCAUAGUAUGAAAAAAGGCGUUCCCUGUGUGAUGGAUUAUAGGUGAAAAUCAUGUGAAUCGACUUUUGUUACCUAAUAUUUUGGAAUGUUAUGCAUCUGCCAUUACUUUAGUAAAGGAAAAAAUAUUAAAAAGAAAAGAAAAAGCAAAAUCACCAUUGUUUCCCUUUAAAAUUAAAAUAAAUGUAUUAUUCGGUAAAAGAGAAGUUUUGUGAGAUUUAUUACACAUAUAUAUGCAUAUUUAGAUUUCAUGUGGAGAUUGUAUGGUUCUGGUGAUAACUUAACAUUGGCUUCAAGUUCUGUAUUUUAUGGUUUUCCAAGCUGAAUGUCCUACGAAACGUCUGAUGUUAGUGAUGAUUUUUGAUAAUUUAUAUUUAAUUUUUAUGGCUUGAAAGCUCACAACAACAUUUACAAAAUGUUUCUCAUUUUGUUACAAAGUAAAGAAAUGCAUGUACAUGAAACUGACUUUGUGAAGAAGUGGAUAUAUUUUACUUUAAAACUGUUACUACACAGAUUGUAUUGUGUACAUACAUUCCUGUAUAGCAGGAAAUAGAUCAACAUCGUCUUUUUCAAGAAUUUUAAGGAGUACAGUGGUUCACUCUUCUACAUAUUUAAAAACUCAACAUCUGAUUUUCCAUACAGUAGAUCAAUGGUUAUUCAUUAAUUUCAAAUUGUGUAUUUCCAUACUUAUAUCCAGUUAAGAUUCAAGCACAAUAUUCUGGGCACAUACCUAAGCUAUCUGGGCUGUCUGACCAGGACAGUGGGUUAGGUGUUAGU